CAUUUUAUUUUCUCAUUUUCUGAGCCUGACCUUAUUAAACAGGGGACCAUAUCCCCUAACGUCACCGUUAAGAACUGGAGCUUCGUCACGCUUGGACUCCGGCAUUUGUCUGGAACUAGAAAUGAAAGGGUCACGAACGUGCUUGUGGUCUGUAGGUAAAUCGAGUUUAUUGACAGUCAAAUAGUGUGGAUGGUUCAUGUUCAUGUCCUGCUUUAUGGAUAUGAUGAGCUGGUGGUGCAGUCGGGUGCUGGAGGCUCGUUGAGCAGCGUCUGGUUUCCUGAAGAACAAACAUCAGAACAGAUCAGUGACGAUGAAGAGCGGCCUGCCAGGACUCUUCGUCAUCCUCCUCUUCCUCAGCACUGUGUCUGGACAGGGAUCAGUGCUAAACAAAACCAUAGUCUACAUCCAGAACUACUCCACGUGGCUGGACGCCCAGACCUUCUGCAGGAGCUCCUACUCUGACCUGGCUGUUCUCUACGAGCAGUCUGAUGUAGACAACAUGGACUUGUAUCAGUACUUUGCCUGGAUCAGCCUCAACAAGGACGGGAAUAACUGGGGCGUGAAACUAGACCAGAAUAUCUGGGUAAACGAUUACCAGCCAAAUCAAGGAUGUGCUGUUGUCAACUAUCAGAAGCAAAGGCUUCAAGGUGCUGACUGUGAACAAGAUUACUUCUUCUUUUGUUCUGCAUCUGAAGACAAGUAUGUGUUUAUAAACGAGUCGCUGACAUGGUCGGAGGCUGAGGCGCGGUGCAAGAAGCCCUACGGUGGCCUGGGGGUCGUCAAAGACAAAGAUCACCUGAACAAAGCUACUUUAAGACAGGACUUCCCCGUCUGGACCGGGCUGCACCGGAAUGGGGCAACGUGGUCGUGGAGCGCUGGUCUGUCCGACUACAGGAACUGGGCCCUGAAUGAGCCGGGGAACAAUGGGGACUGCGUCGCCAUCUCCUCUGUGAGCAAAACCAUGACGACCCAUAACUGCUCGGCCCGUUAUCCCUUCAUCUGCUUCAUGGACAACCUGCUGCUGGUGAAGGAGAACCGGACCUGGGAGGAGGCGCUGGAAUACUGCAAAAAACUCAACGCACAGCUGGUCAGCGUGCAGCCUGGAGACUACACCUACAUAAGUGACAGAGCGAUUGAGGCCGACACAGACGAGGUGUGGACGGGCCUUCGGUACCUGGCUGGUAGUUGGUUCUGGGUGAACGGGGCAGAUAUAACGCUGUCUGACCUGCCUGGCUGCCCUCUCACCGAGCUGCACUGUGGAGCCUUCUCUAAAAACGAUCCAGGAAGGCUGGAGGCCCGGGACUGUGUGGAGGAGAAGAACUUCCUGUGUUACAGCGAGGGGUGAAGACGUCGCUGAGUUUGUCCCUAGCGCCGUCUCUUUUAAAUGCCAAAUCAUGUCACAUGCUUUGUUUCGCUCCUGGAUCAACUUAAUAAAAACUGUUUUUCUGA